GACCUCGGACGUCGCCGCAUACAUUGUGGCCAUGCGAGUGGUCUCGUUCGUACGAAAUUGGAAUUCACCUGUGAGACUCUCAUUUCGCCGUCGCGGACAACCUGGCAUAGGGGACAUCGCUUCCGAAAUCGAAUGCGUGCAGAUCGUUCACGUUGGAGCAGCCGUUCGGGUCAACCACAGAAAUGGAGGGUAGAGUCGAUCGACAAGCUCAAGUAAUGGACGAAGAGCAUCAACAGCAUCGACAGACUUGUAUUUCGAAGUGAAAGAGCGAAAGGACAUGGCCGAUUAUUCACUGAUCACUGAUAUUCGGCUCGCUCGCUCGCUCGUCCUUCGCUCCUUGGCUCGCUCUUCCUCAGCACCCCGGCUCGUUUCUGUCCUUCUCACGACCUCUCGCAACCUUCUCGCAAUCUCUCGCAACCUUUUCGCAACUCUCUCGCAACCUUCUUGCAACUCUUUCGCGACCGUCUUGCAACCAAUGACCCGACAGCGAAGAAAUAACCGCCGACACAGGGAAGGGCCAAGGCGGACGCCAACCACUCCUCCCUCCCUCCCCCCACUCCAGCCUUUGACUGCAGAACACUUCCGAGCCUGGAUCCAGGGUGAGGGGGGUGAUGUCGGAAGCAUCCACCUUUGUCAAGCGGCAGACAUCCUUUGUCACGGAAUGAGAUGGGUCAGCGGGAGGCACCUGACACGGAUUGAGCGCAGGUACCAGCAGGUGGGUGUAAAGAGGCAGUUCAUGCUGCGGAACUUUGCCAUUAUGCUGGCUAUUUACAUGCAAAGGUGGACCAAUCCGAGGGAUCAACACCACGCUACACUUGAGAGGAUGGUCGAUGAGCUCGAUGUGUCGACACGUCUGCGGGAGGUCUGGGAAGGGGGCGGGGUUCUUCAAGGAGAGAUCGGACCGGUUGAGUAGAGUCGGGCGAGGACGAGGACUGAGCCGACUUCAGCGUUUUGCUGCCGUCCUCCUCUGGGCCUAGCCUAUUGAUUCCAUGAAUGAAGAACUGUCCCGACUGAGUUGGGC